AUGGACGUGGAUGAAGAGGGCGCGGGAGAGCAGCACCAUGGUGCUCAGCCGGCGGGGAAGCCGCCGGAAGAACCUGCAAGGAGACCAACGUUCAAAGAGAAGGUGCUAGGUGCAAAGAAAGCAAAGGAAGCUGGUGAGUUUGUUAAUCUGGUUGAGAAAGGUUCCAUGCGCAUGGAGUUUGUGGAGGAUAACACAUCCUUUCCCAUGUUCUCUAUUGAGCCUAACAUGUACAAGGAAAUCUGCAAACCUUGGGAAGAUUGCCUAGUGGUGAAGCUAUUGGGAAAGCAUAUUGGCUACCGAGCUCUCUGCGAGAAGCUGAGAAUGAUGUGGAAGAUGACAGGUGGUUAUGAGGUACGUGAUGUACACCAUGGUUAUUUCCUAGUCAAGUUCGAGCAGGAGGACGACAAAGCGAAAGCCAUCUCCGGUGCACCGUGGCUAAUAUAUGAUCACUACCUAGCUGUAAAGCCAUGGACUCCUGACUUUGUUGCAGCAAACUCGAAGAUUAGCACCACAGUUGUGUGGAUACGCAUCCCCGGGAUAGGAUUUCAGUUCUAUGAUAGGAACAUUUUGCUCACGCUGGCGUCGGCGGUUGGAACACCGAUCAAAAUAGACAUGAAUACAAAUGACAUGCAACGGGGCAGGUACGCGCGGAUUUGUGUUGAGAUCGAUCUCACCAAACCUGUUCUUGGGGUUGUUGGAUUGGAAGGAAUUUGGUACAACAUCGAGUAUGAUGGCCUCCACUUGCUUUGUCGCAAAUGCGGGUGUUAUGGACACCUCACUCGUAACUGCACAACGACGGUAAGCAAGGAACCAUCAUCCAAUGGCGAGAAGGAAGCCACCGCCAUGAACCCUAACGCGGGCAAGACACCAACGGAGACAGAGGGGGCAACGCCGUCCAUGGAUCAACAAAAUUCAACGCCAGAAACCCUAAACGUAACCGCAGCUAACGUUAUGCAAGAGAGCGAAGAUCCCGCCAAGAAGUGCGCUAAGGUGAAAUCACAACUUAAAUGCCCAUAUCAUGCGCAUGGAGAUUGGCUCGUGGUGGAAAAACGGAAGAAAAAAGUUAAUGCAGGUUUAAAUGGUGGUUUAAAUGGCAAUUUGAAUACCAAAAUUGCUGGAGGAAAUUCAAAAUACACAACAGUUAAGGCUCCUAAAUCAGUGGAGGGAAUAAAGGGAGCAGGCCAGCCGUUACAAACCAAAGGGAAAUCUGAAUGCAAGAAUGGAAAUAAAAAUAGGGUGAAUGCAAAGUCAUCAAUUAAGACAGCAACGGCUACACAAGUCAAAGAUAAUAAUUCCAUAGUAUUCAAUGCAAAAGUAAUUGUUGCUGAUAGUUAUAAGGAGAUUGUUGGGAUUGCACAAGGCAAGAAAAGAAUGAGGAAGGAGGUUACAAUUGGUGAUGGAGGCCCACAACCGUCACAGAUUGUACAAAAAAUACAAAAUAAUUCAAGUUCAUCGACAAUGUUGAAUGGCACUCGAAUUUAUGUGGUUACUGAUGGGACUCAAUCCACCAUGCCACUAGUUGCACAGGGAGGGAAUUGA